UGGGUGGUCUGCCCCUAGAGUGGUCAGUCGUGCUGCCAGCAUGCCAACCCAGCUGGAGAUUGCCAUGGACACCAUGAUUAGAACCUUCCAUCGGUACUCAUGCAAGGAAGGGGACAAAUUCAAGCUCAGCAAGGGGGAACUGAAAAUGCUCCUGCAGCGAGAGCUCACAGAAUUCCUCUCGUGUCAAAAGGAUCCCCAGUUGGUUGAUAAGAUAAUGCAGGACCUGGAUGCCAAUAAGGACAAUGAAGUGGAUUUUAAUGAAUUCGUGGUCAUGGUGGCAGCUCUGACUGUUGCUUGUAAUGAUUACUUUGUAGAACAAUUGAAGAAAAAAGGAAAGUAAA